AUGGCUCAACAAAUCAGUGUCCUUUCCCCGGUUCCAGGGGCUGUUUUGCACCCCGGCCAGAGUACCGAAUUUGUUCUCCGUCUAAGAUCCACCAAGUUAUCUCUCGAAAUGGUCGCGAUUAACUUGGGACUGCGAUCAAUCAAAGAUCAAACCCACCCGGGCGCCUUAGGACAACUGGUGCUCAAGACACUCUACGGCAGUGACAUUCACAUGGAUCACAAAUAUACCUUCAGAUUUUCACUGGUUUUGCCUCCAGCCGAAGACUUCCCUGAUGGUGCUUCUUCCACUCCCUAUGAUCUCGUAGUAUCUCAGUACUAUAUCCUAGGCAUCAGCAACUCAUUUGAUCAGAACAUCCAAAGCCCCAUGAUGUACAGUAACUCGACUCGAGUCAAAGUUACCGAGUCAACGAGUUUCAUCUAG